CAACAUGGCGGCAGGCCUGAACCUCCAGCCUCAGACCGUAAACGGUCGCCUGAAACUUGACCUGAGUAACCAGGGUCUGACGUCCAUCCCGGAGGAGGUGUUUGAUAUCACUGACCUGGAGUUUCUAGAUGUAUCCAACAACAAACUAACCAGCAUCCCGGAAGCAGUCGGCCGUCUGCAGAAACUUUACCGUUUGGACGCUGACUACAACACACUGACAAGUUUGCCACAGGCGAUCGGUUCCUUGCAGAAAUUAACACACCUGUACAUUUAUGAUAAUAAACUUUCCACCUUGCCUCCUGGUGUGGAAAAGCUGCAGAAGUUGACAAAACUGUUCAUUGGGAAUAAUCAGCUGACGGGUUUCCCCUCAGGUGUCUGCUCGCUCCCUAACCUUGAGGUGUUAGAGGUCAGUUAUAAUAAACUCCCCAACUUCCCUCCUGUUGUGGAAAAGCUGCAGAAACUGAGAACACUAUACAUUAAUGGUAAUCAGCUGACGGAGCUGCAGAAACUGAGAGAACUGCGUAUUUAUGGUAACCAGCUGACGGAGGUGCCCCCAGGCGUCUGUUUGCUCCCUAACAUUGAGUGGUUAAGUGUCAGUAACAAUAAUCUCUCCACCUUCCCCCCUGGCGGGGAAAAGCUGCAGAAACUGAGAGAACUGUACAUUAAUGAUAAUCAGCUGACGGAGGUACCCUCAGGCGUCUGCUCGCUCCCUAACCUUGAGGUGUUAGGUGUCGGUAAGAACCCCAUCAGAAGUCUUCCCGAUUACGUCACACGACUCGCCAGGCUGAAGACUCUCAGUGUCCCCAACUGUCAGUUGGAUGAGUUCCCCAGACAGGUGCUGCAGCUGAAGACACUGGAGGAACUGUACGCUGGCGGCUGCAAGUUUGACAUUGUUCCAGAUGAAGUGGGAAGCUUACAACACCUGUGGUACUUGGCAUUGGACAAAAACCUCCUCAAAACCCUGCCGAGCACCAUGAGUCACCUGCACAACCUACGGGAGGUCUACCUCGAUGACAACAAGUUCGGCACAUUCCCAGAAGUCCUGUGUGAACUACCUGCCAUGGAGAAACUGGACAUAAGUAAAAACAACAUCACCAGGCUCCCAACCGCCCUUCACCGAGCAGACAAGCUUAAGCACUUGGAUGUUUCUGGAAACCCCCUGACAUACCCUCCACAGGAUGUGUGUAAACAAGGGACCGGCGCCAUCAUGGCCUUCCUGAAACAGGAGGCUGAGAAAGACGAGAGAAUUCUCCGUGCCUUCAACCGCCUAUCCGUGAAGGCGAGCCAAACCCAGUGGAAACCUCUCGCCCGGAGCCUGGGGCUCAGCAACAGGGCGAUGGACGCCAUCAAGGCUUCCGCCCCAGACGACGUUCCAGACCAGGUGUACCAGACCCUGGUACAGUGGAGAGAGAAGGAAGGUGAGGCGGCCACACUUUCCGCCCUGGAGCAGCACCUCAGAGACCUGGACUUUCAGCAGCUGGCCGAGCAAAUUUCACCGACACCCAGGACCCAAGAUCGCAGACGUUAUGAAGCCAGAGCCGUCGGUGCUGUUGGUGGCCAAGAGGCGGAUGGUCUGCAGAGCAGCGCAAGAAAAUACCCCAGCGUGACGGUUGACCAGAAGUUUCCCAUCAUCCAUUUUGAACGACUGGAGGAACAGUCCAUUCUCGGCCGUGGGGGGUUCGCCUACGUGAAGAAAGCCCGACAUCUGGACUGGAAGAAGGACGUGGCCGUCAAAUAUCUGCUGACUCGCCAGAUAGAAGGAAGUGAGCAAGAGGUGCUGUAUUCUGAAGCAAGAAAAUUGAAGCUGGCCAGCAAUUCGGUCCACGUCAUCAGUCUGCUGGGGGUCUGUCUGGACCCAAACUUCGCCAUCGUGAUGCCCUACAUGGAGAACGGCUCUCUGGCCGUGCUGCUGCGGGAUGUGGACGUGCCCUGGGCCCUGAGGUGGAGAAUGGCGCACGAGAUCUCCCUGGGGAUGACUUUCCUGCACUGCCAGAACCCACAGAUUCUCCACUGUGAUCUGAAGGCAGAGAACGUGCUACUGGAUGGGGACUUCCAUGUGAAGAUUUCAGACUUUGGGCUGUCCAAGUGGAAGAUGAGAUCUCGUGUUGUCACCCAAACCAGCCCGGAAGGAAGCACAAUCACGCAUGCGCCACCGGAGUACUUCUUGGAUAUCAACCUCGUCCCAACAUCUAUGUUCGAUGUCUACAGUUUUGGCGUGCUGCUUUGGGAGAUCAUUACAAGAGCAGAGCCAUAUGGAAAUGCUAUGAACUCUGCCCUGAUCAGACUUGCGGUGACGUCAGGACAGCGACCUGACAUGACCCUGGUCCCUACAAACCCGCCUGACGUGACGUCAGUGAGUCAGCUGAUGCAGACAUGCUGGAGCCAGAACCCGGAGGACAGACCCACAUUCCAGGAGUGUGCAGACCGUCUCCUUGCCGUGACCAGCAGGUCUAGUAAAGAGGACAUUCUACAGGCCAUCAUUGACGUGAUGAAGGAAAAGGGUUCCAACAUGGCGGCAGGCCUGAACCUCCAGCCGCAGACAGUCAACGGUCGCCUGAAACUUGACCUGAGUAACCAGGGUCUGACGUCCAUCCCGGAGGAGGUGUUUGAUAUCACUGACCUGGAGGUUCUAGAUGUGUCCAAUAACAAACUAACCAGCAUCCCGGAAGCAAUCGGCCGUCUGCAGAAACUUUACCGUUUGGACGCUGACGGCAACAUGCUGACAAGUUUGCCACAGGCGAUUGGUUCCUUGCAGAAAUUGAUACACCUGUACAUUUAUGAUAAUCAGCUGACGGAGGUACCCUCAGGUGUCUGCUCUCUCCCUAACCUUGAGGUGUUAAAUGUCUAUAACAAUAAACUCUCCACCUUCCCUCCUGGUGUGGAAAAGCUGCAGAAACUGGGAACACUGUACAUUAAUGGUAAUCAGCUGACGGGGGUGCCCCCAGGCGUCUGUUUGCUCCCUAACCUUGAGGUGUUAAGUGUCGGUAAUAACAAGCUCUCCACCUUCCCCCCUGGCGUGGAAAAGCUGCAGAAACUGAGAGAACUGUACAUUCGUGAUAAUCAGCUGACGGAGGUACCCUCAGGGGUGUGCUCGCUCCCUAACCUUGAGGUGUUAAGUGUCGGUAAGAACCCCAUCAGACGUCUCCCCGAUUACGUCACACGACUCGCCAGGCUGAAGACUCUCAGUGUCUCCAACUGUCAGUUUGCUGAGUUCCCCAGACAGGUGCAGCAGCUAAAGAUAAUGGAGGAACUGUAUGCUGGCGGCUGCAAGUUUGACAUUGUUCCAGAUGAAGUGGGAAGCUUACAACACCUGCAGGUCUUGGCAUUGGACAAAAACCUCCUCAAAACCCUGCCGAGCACCAUGAGUCACCUGCACAACCUACGGGAGGUCUACCUCGAUGACAACAAGUUCGGCACAUUCCCAGAAGUCCUGUGUGAACUACCUGCCAUGGAGAAACUGGACAUAAGUAAAAACAACAUCACCAGGCUCCCAACCGCCCUUCACCGAGCAGACAAGCUUAAGCACUUGGAUGUUUCUGGAAACCCCCUGACAUACCCUCCACAGGAUGUGUGUAAACAAGGGACCGGCGCCAUCAUGGCCUUCCUGAAACAGGAGGCUGAGAAAGGUGGGACUUGA